AUGUCUUCCAUUUCGAUCGCAACCCUUCCCCGCAUGGGCCGCGAUGCUCUUGCGGCCUUACUUUCAACCGACGAGCCAGCCAACCUAGCUAUUAUUGAUGUCCGAGACUCCGACCAUGUCGGGGGUCACAUUCGCGGAUCAACUUGGGUUCCUACCUCGACCCUAGAUGUGCGCAUGCCCGAGCUCAUUCGGACCCUCAAAGAUAAGAAAAUGGUUGUGUUCCACUGCGCACUCAGCCAGCAGCGGGGUCCGUCUGCGGCUCUUCGCUAUGCUCGUGAGCGUGAAAGUGCCUUCGGCCAGGACGAGCCCCAGCAGGUGUUUGUGCUCGAUGGUGGGUUCGUGGAGUGGCAGCAGAAAUAUGGCAAUGAUGCCAAGCUGACCGAGUCAUAUGCCGCUGAUAUCUGGGAGGAAUAUUAA